CGCCCCGCCAGCCGCUGGGCCUUGCCUGCCUCCCCGCCUGGGGUGCUCAGAAGGAGCCAGGGCCUCUCUGAGCUUCUGCUGGUUCUUCUGAACACAGCGUGGAGAGAGUCACGCAAGGUCCUGGAGGAGGACAUGGGAUGGGCCGUGACAGUGCUGGGCUGCUGCCUGGUCUCCUGGCCAUGAGCUUCCUGUUCAUUCUUGUUCCUGCCCAUGGAACAGCAGCCGCAACUCUCAGAGCCUGUGGCUUGGGACUCCCAGAGUACAUGCACAGGAAACCCCCUCUGAACUCCAAAGCAUUUCUGUCCAUCCAUGCCCUGGUCUUCCUCUCGGUGUUGCUGUGGGCGAAUAGACGUCUCUGGGGGCCACACACGUGUCCCAGCACCACGGGACAGGAGAAGGGUUUGGUAGUUUGGUCUUUCCAUACGUCAAAGCAGCACCUGGUCAUACAGCAUUUCUCCACACAUUGUCACGCAAAAACAGAGCUACUCCCUGGGACUGAGUCCUGGUCUGAGCCUCAGGAUCCUGCCGUGUGUCCGGAACACUCCAUGGACACUGUCCUGCUUCCCAUAGGUCUGGAUGCCUCCUCCCGUACUUGGAGCAGGUUCUCAACUGCGAAAAAACACUGAAGCAGUGAGUGGUCCAGGGUCCCCGAUAUCCACAAGGGUCAGCCGGGUCUGUGUUGGGUGCCGUGUGUGGGCAGAAGCCAGAGCUCAGGCAUCAUUUCCCCAACAGGGAACCUCCCUGACAGGGUCCCUGCAUCACAGAGGGCUGAAGAGGGGUCCCAGGGCUCAGGAAACAGCAGAUUGGGCUGGGGUCUCCCUGAGUGGCCCACACUUCCUGCCCCACUGCCCUCGUCUGGCCUCCUCUCACCUCCUCCUGCUCAGCAUCCCUGGGCCUCAGCAGCAGACGGGCCCGGCAGGUGCUCUAGAAUUCCCAGCAGCUCAGGACAGGCCCAGGUGGGGAAGGUCAUUCUCACGACAUUGGAGUCCAGGGCAUGGGGACCCACUCACAGGUUCUCUGUUAGAUCUUCUCAGUGGCAUGAUGGCUCAGCUGGGCUCCACGUGAGGGGACCUUCUGUGGGAGCAGCGGAGGCACGUUCCAGGGUCCUGACUCUGCUCCCUGCACUCCCCCCAGCGCCCUGAGUCCCAUGUCGGGGUCCUGGCCUGAGGGCUCUGCUGAGUGGCUGUGCUGUGUCCCCGUGCAACCGAUGCUAGGCUGCAUUCUGGUGCAUUUUUCUGGCUCUGGCCUCCAAGUUCAUCUGAGGAAGGAACUUCUCCUGACCGCACUGAUCAGGGCUCAGGACAUUGCUCCAGCCCCAGCAGUUGUCCCAGAACCACCUGAGGAGCUGGGCCUGCCUCCGCGGGAUGCCCCAGAGCCGGAGCCUCUCGAAGCCUCAGCUGCGGCCGCAGCACAAUGGGCAGAGCUGGAGGACGCCGGGCCUGGAGACACGCAUGAUGCCAGCUCGUGGGCAGCUGCCAGCCGGGCCAGCGAGGCAGCUGACGGCCCUGAGCCUUCCUGCCCCGGCAGCAGGCCCUUGGAGGAGCCGGGGAACGAGCAGGUCUCCGUCAGCACGUUCCCUGCCCGGCUGGUGGCCGAGCAGCUGACACUCAUGGACAAGGAGCUGUUCCUGGAGCUGGUGCCAAACCACUGUCGGGGGGACCUCUCAUCUAUCAGGAACAAGCCGGGCUACGAGCAUGUGUGCCCCACUGUGCGGGCCAUCGAGAGCCAGUACUACACUGUGGCCGCCUGUGUCCUUACCACCUGCCUCUCGGAACUGAGCCCGCCCGCGCGGGCACGGAUGCUGGAGUACUGGAUCCUGGUGGCCCAGGAGUGCCAGCGCCUCCGCAACUGGGCGUCCACCUAUGCCAUCAUCUGUGCCCUGCAGAGCCCCGCCAUCCGCCGACUCUGCCAGACCUGGGGCCACGUGUCCUGGUGGAGCCGGAGGAAGCUGAAGGCCCUGCGCAGACAGGCCCGGAAACAUAGACGCUGCAAGCCCCUGCAGGUAGUCUGCGGGUUGGAGGACUGCAUGGAGGAGGCAGGGAGGGAGGGGCGGGUUCUCUUCCGGUUUCUGUGA